GGGGGGACUCAAAAGGCAAAGGACAAAGGCAAGGCUGCAGGCUUUGCUUUGAUUCUACCCUGACCCCCAGCAAAACAUUAGGCCCUUCAAAAGCACAUCAGAACCUGCUGCAGCAACAAGAAACUGUGAAGAAAGCACACAGCCUGUCCACAGCAUAUUAUUGUGCAGACUGCAGCGCAGAGAGAGGUGGCUUUGCACUUGGCUAGUUGCAUGCACCACUCCAUGACCAUGAGAAGCUCAUAGGACUAGGAGGCUGGUGGCGGUAGUGCAAAAAAGAAACUGGAGGUAGUAUAGGAUUAUGAGCAGGCCAGCUUGGUCUGCGAGGGAGGCAUUGGCGGCCUCAGCCGUGGCCGCCGUCCUGCUUGGAGGCCUUGUGCUGAUGUCUUUGGUGGUGGGGAGGGACGCGAGGACGCCAUCGCCAGCUAGCGCGGCUGCGCCUGCGGUGGGUGGUAGAAGGAUGGUGAUCGGAGCCAGUGGAAGGUUGGCUGGUCAGAGGAGGGCAGCGGAGGAGCUGAAGGGUGGUGAUGAUCCUUUGAGCAGCAGCAAGAGGAGGGUGCCCAAUGGACCGGAUCCAAUCCACAACAGGGGAGCUGGAGAGUCUGGAAGCUCACCAGGCCGAGCGUAGGCAGCAGCGGUGCACGCCGGCCGCCCCCCAAAGAAUGGAAGUUUCCCAAACACUUGGCGCUGGAUCCCUCUUCUCAUCUGUGGUGGUGGUGGCCUGGUGUGUGUGUGUGUGUGGGGGGGGGGGGGGGGGGGGGGGGGGGGGGGGGCGGGUCUGGCGCCGGGACGUCACGUUCUAAGCACUGCUAUUUGUGAUGGUUUCGGCACGAAUUAAAGACACUGGCUUUUCCGAAAACAAAAGGCCACGUACUCUACUGAUGACGGCACAAACGAAAGACAGCACUGUCAAGCUUCCCUCUCACGAAAGACGUACGCCGGAUUAAAGUUUGAGCAGAGAGAGAGAGAUGUGCAAGAGCUCCUUUGUUAAUUUCACUGGUUGCUUUGCUUUGCACAUGUGUGUAGUAUUUAUUCUUCUUCUUCUUUGUUUUUCAUGUUUGUUUCCUUGUUGUAUUGAUUGGAAGAGGAUGUUGCAAGUUUGCGAUAUACUAGAGGAACACGUAAAGAGAUAAGAUGGCAAUAUAAUUCCCAGAGGCUUUGUUUGUGAUCUGUCCGGCCUGUGAUGAGAUGUGAAAUCUGUUUGCGAUGUAUGGCCCUGGGACUAGCUCCUUUUGGAACGAAGGAUUUUAAUUCCUGUUUCCUGCGUUUUUUUCUAUGGAAAUAAACUAAUUCAUGUGAAAUUUCUAUAUGAUUUCUAUGUUAAGGCUUUUGAUUUCCUGUGCUUUUGAUUUGCCUAUCUGUUAGCAUAUUCAUGCAAAUAACCACAUCGUUUUUGCAUAUGUUAAGGCUGUAGUAGAAUGUGUACACAAUACUACCAUAUUUGCGCUGCAGAAGAAGAGCAGGUUGAUAUAGUGGAAGUGGUCAUACGUUCUCGCAUACCAGCAGCAACAUAUCCACUCGUGCUGGUCAACACUUGCAACAACAGUAGUAGCAUCUUCAUGGUAUCCACACGUGUGAGAAUGAAACACACAACAUCGCUAUACUAGCACGUGCGCGCAACGAGAGAUAUACACACAACAUCGCUAUGCUAGCACGUGCGCGCAGCGAGAGAUAUGGCGUCUCCGUCUUGGACGCUCGCAACACUAGGAAGAGAGGUGGCGACUGUGGCUUGGAUCAGAUGUAUCUUUCUCUCUUUAGCAUAUGCCUACUCCUCCAUAUAUACAUAUAUAUAUAUAAACACCUGCUAAUGAGUUUUUACCCUAAACGAUCAUUAGUGUUCUCAUGUAUUACAGUUGUAUAUAUUCAACAAUCUCUCAUUUGUACCAGAUUCAAUCAUCUAUGUGUGUUCCAACCCCGUAAGUGUUUAAGCCGUUAGGUUCAUGUGUAGUCGAUCAUGAUCGAAAACUAAUAGGGGCCGUUAGGUUCAUGUGUAGUCGAUCAUGAUCGAAAACUAAUAGGGGCGCCUAACAACAUAAUUUGAAUCUUUUGUACACAUAAAGAUCACAUCAACUGAAUCUUCAUAUAUAUAUAUAAUGUAUAUGGAUCCCUGGGCUUUCAAUAGCUGGGUGAAAGCCCUGACCCGAUGUUGUCAACAGGUUCAGUCGCACCAGGUCUGAAGCGUCUAUAAAAGGAGCUCCAGAUCGCUAGAGUUCAGUUUUAGCGACGCUGACAGUUACGCCCCCACCCUGAGAAGCGCACGCGGCGGCGGAUCCUGGAGCAAGCGCGCGACGGCGGAUCCCUGAGGCCAGCGCGCAGCGAUGGCCCCCUUGAGGCGCGCACGACGGCGAGGUGGGAGCGGUUGCGGCAUCGGAUCCUGAGGGCACGCACACGGUGGCGGCCCCAUGAGGUGCGCACGACGGCGAGGUGGCAGCGGUCGCGGCGGCAGAUCCCGCAGGGCAUGAGCGCGACAGCGUCCCCUGAGGUGCACACAACAGCGACCCCUUGAGGUGCACAUGGUGGUGAGGUGGGAGCGGCUAUGGUGUCGCGACGGUGGAUCUCGGGGGCACGUGAGCAACGACGACACCCCUAAGGUGUGCAUGACGGCGAGGUGGGAGCGGAUGGUGCGACUGAUCUCGGGAUGCACGCGCCCGAGGGUCGACUCCUGAGCGCGUACGACUGUGAUGCCAUCCAAGGUGGGAGCGGCGAUGGCGGACUUUCCUAGGCGCGAGCGAUGACGACAGCCUCCCCUAGUCACAAAGUGGUGGCGCAUCCCAGAUGCGAGGCGGCGGUUCCACAGGGGGACAAUCCUAUUUUUAUGCUAUUU